GUGUGUCUCAGUGUGGAGAGCAUGUCUCUGCGUUCUGUAGGUAAUCCAGGAGAUUUGAGCUCCAGGCUGACGGACAACGAUAAGGCCAGAGACUGCUUCAUCCCGAUGGGCAUCACGUCGGAGAACGUCGCUGAGAGAUUCGGAGUCUCCAGAGAAAAACAGGACGCCUUCGCUCUCAGCUCCCAACUCAAAGCAGCGCGGGCGCAGAGCUUGGGUCUGUUCGACCAGGAGAUCGUUCCCGUCACCACCAAGGUUAUAGACGACAGCGGGAAAGAGCGCGAAGUGACGGUCGCUAAGGACGAGGGGAUCAGAGCGGGAACGACCAUGGAGGGACUCAGUAAGCUCCGGCCGGCCUUCAAACCCGACGGCAGCACCACGGCAGGUAACUCCAGCCAGGUGAGUGACGGAGCGGCGGCCGUGCUGGUCGGUCGCAGGUCGGCGGUCGAGGCUCUGGGUCUGCCGGUCCUGGGGGUCCUGAGGGCCAGUGCAGUGGUGGGGGUCCCUCCUGACGUUAUGGGUAUUGGACCAGCGUUCGCCAUCCCUGCGGCUCUGGAGCAGGCCGGUCUGUCUGUGUCCGAUAUCGACGUGUUUGAAAUCAACGAGGCCUUUGCCAGUCAGGCGGUGUACUGCGUGGAGAAGCUGGGAAUCCCUCCGGAGAAGGUGAAUCCCAACGGAGGAGCCAUCGCUCUGGGUCACCCUCUGGGCUGCACCGGAGCUCGACAGGUGGUGACGCUGCUCAACGAGCUCCGACGCCGAGGACGCAGGUUCGUCUCAGCUGCCGCGCCGACGACACUCUGCCGUGUGUUACCGAGCUUUCUCACAGUUCCCCCUCUCGUGUUUCCCUCCCUGCAGGGCGUACGGCGUCGUGUCCAUGUGCAUCGGCACCGGGAUGGGAGCUGCUGCCGUGUUCGAAUACCCCGGACCGUAGAAGCAGACCAGGACCAGGACCCGGACCCUGUUACUGUGAUUAAAGCCCCUUUCAGACCUGAUGGGUAAUCUUUACACUUUCUACACGGUCAGUUGGGUUUGUAUGACCUGUAGUCGCUCUCACAUGAACCAGUAACGUUGCUUUAAAUGCUUUCUCAGGUGGUUGGAGCUGAAAGGGUCACAGUGUUUCUCCAUCUUAAAACAACAUUUUUGUUGCUUCCUCUUGUUCUUAAGCAGGAAUUAAACUUUCUGAUAUAAAAGUCCAUUAUGAACGAUUACAGCCAGAAAAACCUGUUUCAGUGUUUGUUCGAACACCCGGCUGUUGUUUUAAGAUCG